GCUCCCAGCCCUGCCCGUGCGGCGAGAGGCGCGAUCGCCCAAACUCCUGGGAGGGGAGACACCACCCGCCGCCGCCGCCUCCUCCUUUUCCUUCUCCACCUCCUCUACCCCCUCCCCGCCGCAAACCCCAAAUAAAAGGGGCGGGGGGCGGCAGGAUGCGCCUCUCGGCGGGGAGGUCGGCGCCGCCGCCGGCCGCCUGAUGCUGCCGCAAUUCGCCAUUGCCGGGCACGGCUCGGAGCCGAGCGGAGGGAGGCGGGGGGCAGAGGCGGGGGUCCCGGGGGCAGAGGAGCAGCAGCCCCCCCUGCCUGGCCGCCCCCGCGGGCCGCGGCCGCCGUCCCCCCCGAUGCCCGACCGCCGCCGGCGGGGGGCCCCGGGGGCCCGCUCCUGUCUCCUCUGGCUCUUUGUGUUGCUGAAGAAUGCAGAACCUUUCCAAGUUACUGUCCGAGAAGACAAUUGUAUCAUUGUCUCCCUGGAAGCAUCUGAUGUGGUGAGCUCGUCCUCUGUAUAUGUUGUGAAGAUAGCUGGAGAAUCCAAGAACUACUUUUUCCAGUUCGAAGAAUUCAAUAGCACUUUACCUGCCCCUGUUGUUUUUAAUGCCAAAUACCAUGGCCUGUAUUACAUAGUAACUCUCUUGGUAGUGAACUCAAAUAUGGUUUCCAAGUCAGCAAGAUCAAUCACUGUGUUAACCAAACCCCUUCCUGUGAGCAAUGUUUCUAUCUAUGAUUACAAACCAUCUCCAGAAACAGGAGUAUUGUUUGAAAUUCAGUACCCAGAGAAGUACAAUGUUUUUACCAGGGUAAAUAUAAGCUAUUGGGAAGGAAAAGACUACAGAACAAUGCUGUACAAAGAUUUCUUUAAAGGUAAAACAGUUUUCAAUCACUGGCUGCCAGGUAUAUGCUACAGUAACAUCACGUUCCAGUUGGUAUCAGAAGCAACCUUCAACAAGAGCACACUGGUGGAAUACAGUGGGGUCCAGCACGAACCCAAACAGCACAGAACAGUUCCUUACCCACCUCGAAACAUUUCCGUUCAGAUUGUGCCAAUCAACAGAAACAACUGGGAAGAGCACAGCGGAAAUUUUGCAGAAGAAUCAUUUGUGGCACCACAAGAGGUCGUAAGGAAAGAAAAGCUUAGCCAUUUUUCUGGCAACCCACCUGAAAUUCCAGCAGCAAACACGUCUGCAGCCUGGUGGGAGCAGCGGUCGAACAGCACUGAGUACGAAACCACGUCGCAGCCGUUCUGGUGGUCUAACGAAGCUGAGUCAUCAGAGGGUGAAGAGGAGUUUGUCAAUGCAGUUUCCAGUGAUUACGAGGCCAGUGAUGCCAACAAGUCUGGAAGACCCACGCCAGAGCCCCCUCCCUUCCUUCCUGUGCAAAUGGUGCUGACCUGGUUACCCCCCAAGCCGCCUACUGCAUUUGAUGGUUUCCAUAUUAAUAUUGAAAGGGAAGAGAACUCAAUGGAAUUUUUGACAGUAAGUGAGGACACUCACAAAUUUGUUGCUGAACUGAAAGAACCAGGAAAAUACAAGUUGUCUGUAACAACAUUUAGCUCCUCUGGCUCUUGUGAAGUUCGUGGAAGUCAAUCAGCAAAAACACUUAGCUUUUACAUCAGUCCCACAGGUGAAUGGAUAGAGGAGCUCACUGAAAAGCCCCAGCAUGUGACCGUGACAGUGCUGAGCUCCACUACUGCCCUGACAUCCUGGACAGCAUCACACGAGAGCGGCGGCAACAACACCAUUGUGUCUGUGCUCUCCCUGACCUGUCAGAAGCAAAAGGAAAGUCAAAGGCUUGAAAAACACUACUGCACUGAGGUGAAUUCAAGCAGCAGCCUCAUUGAAAAUCUUGUUCCUGGUGCCCAGUACCAAGUUGUGGUCUACUUACGGAAAGGACCAUUGGUGGGACCACCUUCUGACCCCGUUACAUUUUCCAUUGUGCCCACUGGAAUAAAGGAUCUGACACUUUACCCUUUGGGACCUACUGCUGUGGUUUUGAGCUGGAACAGACCUUUCCUUGGGGUGUUCAGGAAAUACGUUGUAGAAAUGUUUUACUUCAACCCAUCAACAAUGACCUCCGAGUGGACAACCUACUACGAAAUAGCAGCAACCGUCUCCUUAACUGCCUCUGUGAGAAUAGCCAACCUGCUGCCUGCUUGGUAUUACAAUUUCCGGGUCACCAUGGUGACCUGGGGGGACCCAGAGCUGAGCUGCUGUGACAGUUCCACCAUCAGCUUCAUAACAGCACCAGUGGCACCAGAGAUUACCUCCACAGAAUAUUACAACCACCUUUUGUAUGUCACCUGGACCUAUGGAGGAGAUGGUACUGACCUUUCUCAUUCCAGGAUGCUGCAUUGGAUGGUCAUUGCAGAAGGAAAGAAGAAAAUCAAGAAGAGUGUAACACGCAAUGUGAUGACUGCAGUGCUGAGCUUGCCUCCGGGGGACAUUUACAACCUUUCAGUGAUUGCUUGUACUGAAAGAGGCAGCAAUACUUCCCUGCCCCAGCUUGUGAAACUGGAACCAGCUCCUCCAAAAUCAUUGUUUGCUGUCAACAAGACUCAGACCUCUGUGACGCUGCUGUGGGUGGAAGAAGGAGUGGCUGAUUUUUUUGAAGUCUACUGCCAGCAGGCUGGAUCUGGUCAGGAAACAAAAGCCCAGGAACCUGUCACCGUCUCUUCACACGUUGUGACCAUUUCCAGCCUAACCCCUGCCACUUCCUACAACUGCAGCGUGACCACCUUCAGCCACAACAGCCCCAGCAUCCCCACUUUCAUUGUGGUUUCCACCAUGGUCACUGAGAUGAAUCCCAAUGUAGUGGUAAUCUCUGUGUUAGCCAUCCUGAGUAUCCUUCUGAUUGGACUGCUGCUGGUGACUCUUAUUGUACUCAGAAGAAAACACCUACAAAUGGCCAGGGAAUGUGGGGCUGGAACCUUUGUGAAUUUUGCAUCUUUAGAGAGAGAUGGAAAGCUUCCCUAUAACUGGCGUAGAAGUGUGUUUGCUUUCCUAACUCUGCUACCCUCAUGCCUUUGGACUGAUUAUCUUUUGGCAUUUUAUAUUAAUCCUUGGAGUAAAAAUGGAUUAAAGAAGAGAAAGCUGACCAACCCUGUCCAGCUGGAUGAUUUUGACGGAUACAUCAAGGAUAUGGCCAAAGAUUCAGAUUACAAAUUUUCUCUGCAAUUUGAGGAGCUAAAACUGAUUGGGCUUGACAUACCCCACUUUGCUGCUGACCUUCCCAUGAAUCGCUGUAAAAAUCGCUACACAAAUAUCCUGCCGUAUGAUUUUAGUCGUGUCCGCUUAGUCUCAAUGAAUGAAGAGGAGGGAUCUGAUUACAUUAAUGCCAACUACAUUCCUGGUUAUAAUUCACCCCAGGAAUACAUUGCAACCCAAGGACCAUUGCCAGAAACUAGGAAUGAUUUUUGGAAGAUGGUUCUCCAGCAAAAAUCUCAGAUUAUUGUUAUGCUCACUCAGUGCAAUGAGAAAAGACGGGUGAAAUGUGAUCACUACUGGCCUUUCACAGAAGAUCCUGUGGCAUAUGGGGAUAUCACAGUGGAGAUGCUGAGCGAGGAAGAGCACACAGACUGGGUUUAUAGGAGCUUCCGAAUUAGCUACGCUGAUGAGGUGCAAGAUGUGAUGCAUUUUAACUACACUGCCUGGCCAGACCAUGGUGUCCCCACGACCAACGCUGCCGAAAGCAUUCUCCAGUUUGUACAGAUGGUCAGGCAGAAAUCAGCAAAGACUAAAGGCCCCAUGGUCAUACACUGCAGUGCUGGAGUGGGACGAACAGGAACCUUCAUAGCCCUGGAUCGGCUCUUACAGCACAUUCGUGACCACGAGUUCGUCGACAUAUUGGGGCUGGUGUCCGACAUGCGGUCCUACAGAAUGUCCAUGGUGCAAACAGAGGAGCAGUACAUUUUUAUCCACCAGUGUGUGCAACUGAUGUGGCAAAAGAAGAAGCAGCAGUUCUGCAUCAGCGAUGUCAUAUAUGAGAACGUCAGCAAGUCCUAGUUCAGAGCCACGGGUGGUGAGACCAUGAAGCACACCCAUCUUCCCUUGCUUCUGAUUUUUUUUCUGUUGAUGGUUUGGACAGCCAGGUGUUGUGCCAGGAGAGAUUGCUGCUUUGCAGUACACGGACAAUGAAAGAAACUUUUACCUUUCUGAAGCACUGGGGAGACAAAGCCUUAACAAGCCUGCGGUGUCUUUUGAACUGUUUAAUUUCUGGACUUUUUUUUAAAUACUGGACCAAAUUCAGCUAAACAACAUGAAGGAAAAGACACUAUACGUGCAUAAGAUAGAUUGCUCCAGAGUAUUGGGGUUUUGUUUGGUACUCUUGGUUCAUUUCUUUGAUAAUUUUUUUUUUGCUGUGCAGGUUGGGCUUAAGGUUAAAGUAAGUGCAAUAUUUUUUUAAUGGUUGACUGAAGAGCUUUCUUCAUGUGUCACUGGUCAGUGCUAACGUCCCUAGGAGAGCAGGCAUUGUUAGUAUCUAAUAAUACCUCAUUAGUGAAUAGCGAGGCAUGAACAUACAUGAAGAAAUCUGGAGAUUGUGAAAAAGUGGAUGGGAGGGGGUGGGGGGGUGGGGGGUUUGCUGGGUACAUGGAUUUGACUGUUUCCUUACAGCACUAAUGUACGUGGGGCCUGGGGGGAGCACAAGACCUGAGGAACGGACUGACGAGCAGAAAUGCAAACCACGAAGCCUGGAGCAGGCAGCCGACACUGAGAGAGGGGGUGGUUUCGGUUCUUGACUGUGCUGCUACUAAUUAAGCAGAGGGAUUGCUCUUUUUGCCAACCUUUUCAGUAAUGCCACUGAUGAGGCUCCUGUUUUAGAUCAGUCUAAUCGCAGGGCAGCUGAGUUUCAAGCUGGGAUAUGUUAGCAUAUAAUACUAUAGCAUUUAACUGUCCGAGCAGUCUAUGGUGCCUAUACCCCUCAUUUGUUUAUUGUUUUUAAUAAUUAUUAACCCUGUGUAAAAACAUGAAGCUGGUUCAGGUUAGAGGGGUGGAAAGAGGAAAAAAAAAAAAAAAAGGUGCUUUAAUGGACAUAACUAUUUCUCCGAACCAGGAAUUUACAAUUUUACGAAGACAAGGUUUUGGCAUGUGAAGGGCUGGUUAUUGCUUUAUUGCUACAAGGCUGCCAAAGCGUCAGUAUGGAUUCCUACAGGAGCUUUGGGGUCAGGGUGGGGGGCUCUUUACUUUUUUGCUGUCGGUUUCUGUUCUAGUCAGAAUAAUUAGCUAUAUAUAUAUUUUUUUUUUUUGGUCUUUGUAUAAUUCCGGUACAUCAUUGUGUAUUGUGACAUGGAUGCUGCCAGAAUGGCUGUUGAUGGCAUUUUUUUGUAACCUGUUGCUUUGUGUCACCUCCUUGGAAGUCAGCAGCAAUGGUACUCAAUGUAAACAAAACAAACUGAAAGUAAACACACUGGAUUGCUUACCUGUCAAGAAGUCACUGUUAGCAAAAGGGCAAACACACCUGCAUGUACUUUUUAUGUCAUUCAUUCUCGGGCCUGCUAUCACCUGGCAGGGUACCAGGCUGUAGUUCAGAAGCUCAGCUACUUCUAGAAGCCUGGUAACCUCCUUCAGCUGAUAUUCCUCUUUUUUUCUUCCGAAGUUAUUCCACUAACAGGUAAAUAGGUGUAUACUCCUUUAAUAUCUACAUCAACGUUGUACUGGUUACAAGGGAUAACUUCUUUCAAAAUAUCCCACAUGUGGUAUGCAAAACUGCAUAGACUUAACAUAAACCCCAAAUAAAACAGGUCCUUGCAAAGGGUAUUAAAGAAACAGGACUCCCCCUCUCAUUACUAAAUGGGUACGAUAUGCAUUUCCCCCUCUUCUGUUUCCAUGCAUCUAAUAGUAUUUCCACUGUUUCCACUAAUCCCAGUCCUAAAGCCAGAGGUGCUGUUUCUCCAAGUAUGAUGCAUAGAGAUGGAUGCAAAAGGGCAGAGCAGGCUGGUAACAAGAAAGGCUUCAGUGGUACACAUUUCUCUCUUGUUUCACUGGUGUGCCUCAGAUGGAGGGCUUGCCAUUCCAGUAGGAACAGCAAAGAUUUGUCUGGCUUAAUGUGAGCAGAAGGGAGAAUUAUAAGUGAGCACUUGACCGUUUAGACCUUGCCUCCAUGCUUUUUUAAAAAUGUAUUUCAGAGUUUCGUUACAUAUUUACUCAGAAAAUACGUUCACACCCCUCUAGAGAACUGGCAGGGGAAAAAAAAAGCAACCAACCUACAAAUGUUCUUUUCUCAUGUACAGCCUCCUCCUGGCCAUUGCCCAUUGAGUCUGUAUUUAUUCUGUAUCACAGACCAGAGUAAGCAGGUUACUUCUAAAUCAUUCAUAAGCCCACAAAAUAUCACAGUGUGAGCUGGCUGUAACAGAAGCUUGGCUGAACAUGACAGGGUACAAGAUUGCUGCAAAGAUGCCAAAAUCACAUUGUUGCAAACGGCACUGCCUGAAUAGCCUGAAUUUACUAGGCAGUUUUUGAACGCAUGUCAAAAAUUAUUCCAUUUGCACAGUAACAGGUGUGUAUUUUGCCUUUAAUAGCUACUUAAUCACAAAAUCAAUUACAAUGAAAACUCCUUCACAAAAAUACCUUUUCCUACUCCCCACAAUAUGCAAAACUGCAUAAGCAGGCAUGUUGGGAUGACAGUGGAAACCACCUCUCCCAGCGUUCAAGACAUAACUGAAGUAACAAACAAGUCUGGAAGAUGAUGUGGUUCAGAAGACUCAUGCAGAGCCAUUAAGCCUGAAUUGACACAUCAUACUUUUGGGUUUUACCUCGUCAAAAGAAGUCUGAAAGGAUGUUUUGGACACAUUCUGCAUGUUAAUAUUGUUUCCAGCAUCUGUCAGAAUAAAGCUCUCGAGUCAUCGCAGCUGUAAAGCUGGCUGGAGCUUCA